UAGGUAACUUAUUACUUGUACAUAAGGAGAUUAAAUUGGUAUUUAUAAGAAAUGCCCAACUGAAAAAAUUGUACUUUGCAUCAUUCUUCGAUAUAACUACGAGUAAAUCGCAUAAAGUUGCUCAAAUAUAAAUUAUUCGGCGUGAAUAGUGGUUUUUAAACUUUGCUAGUACUCGUAAUUUUGCACUCGCAGUUCGAUUUGUGUGCCAAAUUCAGGUUUAUUUUACACUAUAAGCAUGAAAAUUGCAUCGAUGGGAGCUUUUGGUAUUCUACUGAUCGUUUCGUUGGCUAUCGGUAGUAUUUCUGCCCACGAUGACGACGGGAACCAGAACACUUUGAUUCAUCGUCUGAAUCCCAGAUUUAAAAGGCAACAAAACGGAUUCACCCUAGGACAACAGGUCCAAACUUUACAGAACCAAAAUGGCCAACAAAAUCAAAAUCAAAAUCAAAAUGGACAACAAUCUGGUCAACAGCCUUCAGACUUUUGGCAAACUGGAAAUAAUGGAAAUAAUGGAAACAAUGGAAAUUCGCAAUCGCAAAAUACGAAUACUAAUAACAAUAACCAAGGAUCGAAUACCAAUAGUAAUCAAGGAUCGACUACAACCGACGCUGAAACGCAAAGAGUAAACGACUGUAUUCAGAGAAAUUGUCGUCAAGGAGUACAGCUCGCUUCUUUAUGUGGAACUGACAAUGUGUCUUAUAAAAAUCGGCCAUACUUCAAUUGCGUCAGAGAUUGCGGAAGAAGAAUCGAUGUUCAACAUUACGGAGAUUGCUUUACCACCAGAGGUGCACCUAAUGCAUUGAGCACUGGCUAAGUUUUCCUAUCAUGAUCCAGAAUCCUCUGUUCCAGUAGUCCUGUCGUCGAUUUUUAAAAUGUCCAGUCGAUAUGUUGGUUGUAUUCCGAUAAAAAAAACUGUCAAUUUGGAAAUAAACCUGUUUAUAUUGUUAUAAA